AUGAACAUUUGCUCAGAUAAGAUUCAACUGCAAACAGGUGGUGUGUUCGGGCGUGGAGCAUCACCCGAUGAGCAAACGUUCGAUAGAAAAGGUCCACUCACAAUUCCGAGUGCACCUCAACCGAAACAGGAUGAUUCAUUCGUGUAUUUGGAUGACGAACAGAAAGAUGACGAAAGAUUCGGUGGCAUAGCGCCUCGACCGCCAACCCCACCAAAAGAACUCGAUGAUGAGGAUGUGAAACCAACAACGAUCGAUGUGGGACCACGACCUCCAUACAAAACAUCGAUUGCAUCCGACCGUCCGCGAUCAAUACUCAAACACGUAGGACAGGGACCGUGGUUCGAUUUCAAGACGAUCGAUCCUAAAUGUUGGUUUUUUCAUUACGAUUUUGUGAAUUGGGUUUAA